CCCGCCCUCCCCAGCCCGUGGCCCGCCUAGGUAAAUGUUAUUUUGAGGGGUACCCGCCACUCAGUUCCGGAUUCUGCCCUGAAUGCCAGCAGCUGGGGUUUCGCAAGCUGCGAAGGAUGGGCAAGCUGAGCGGAUACAGCGGGAGCUGGGCCGGAGGUCCCCGGCCUCAGCUGCUACUGUUGCUGCUGCUGCUGUUGCCGCCAGGCUGGGCCUCCGGGGCCCCCCGGCCCCAUGUGGUCUUCGUGCUGGCGGACGACCUGGGCUGGAACGACGUGAGUUUCCAUGGCUCAGCCAUCCGCACGCCGCACCUGGAUGCGCUGGCGGCCGACGGGGUGGUCCUGGACAACUACUAUGUGCAGCCGCUGUGCACGCCCUCGCGGAGCCAGCUGCUCACCGGCCGCUAUCAGAUCCACACGGGCUUACAGCAUCUCCUCAUUAAAACCUGCCAGCCCAGCUGUGUUCCCCUGGAUGAAAAACUCCUGCCCCAGCUUCUUAAGGAAGCAGGCUAUGCUACGCACAUGGUGGGAAAAUGGCACCUGGGAAUGUUCCGGAAAGAAUGUCUGCCAACACGCCGAGGAUUUGAUACCUAUUUUGGAUACCUCCUAGGCAGUGAAGACUACUACACCCACGAGUCCUGUGCUCUAAUUGAGCCUUUGAAUGGUACACGGUGUGCUCUUGAUCUCCGAGAUGGUGAAGAACCUGCAACAGAGUAUAACAAUAUUUACUCAACAAACAUAUUUAGCAAAAGGGCUACAACCCUCAUCGCUAACCACCCACCAGAGAAACCGCUGUUCCUCUACCUUGCUCUCCAGUCUGUCCACGAUCCUCUGCAGGUCCCUGAGGAAUACAUGAAGCCAUAUGACUUCAUCCAAGAUAAGCACAGGCGUACUUAUGCAGGGAUGGUAUCCCUCAUGGAUGAAGCAGUGGCAAACGUCACCAAAGCCUUGAAAAGCUAUGGGCUCUGGAACAACACAGUGUUCAUCUUCUCCACAGACAAUGGUGGGCAGACUAUGUCUGGAGGCAACAACUGGCCACUUCGAGGAAGAAAAGGGACCCUGUGGGAAGGAGGUGUCCGAGGAGCAGGCUUUGUGGCAAGCCCCUUGCUGAAGCAGAGAGGCGUGAAGACCCGGGAGCUCAUGCACAUCUCCGACUGGCUUCCAACUCUGGUGAACCUGGCUGGGGGAAGCACCAAUGGAACCAAGCCUCUGGAUGGCUUUGAUAUAUGGAAAACAAUCAGUGAAGGAAGCCCAUCCCCAAGAGUGGAACUCCUGCAUAACAUCGAUCUAGAUUUUAUUGAUUCUUUACCAUGUCCUGGCAAGAACAUGGCUCCAGCAAAGAAUGAUUCUCUUCCUUUAGAAUAUCCUGCCUUUAACACAUCUAUCCAUGCUGGUAUUCGAUACAAAAAUUGGAAACUCCUCACAGGCCACCCAGGUUGUGGUGCCUGGUUCCCACCUCCAACUCAGUCCAACAUUUCUGAGAUACUGUCAUUGGACCCAUCCACCAAGACUCUCUGGCUGUUUGAUAUCCAUCGGGAUCCUGAAGAAAGACAGGAUGUGUCCCAGGAGCACCCGCAUAUCGUCCGGAAGCUUCUUUCCCGCCUGCAGUACCACCACAAGCACUCAGUGCCUUCCUACUUCCCACCUUUGGACCCCCGCUGUGACCCCAAAGAUACUGGUGUGUGGAGCCCCUGGAUGUAGGGCUCCAGGAGGCUGGAGCUCAUUUCUGUGCAGGCUAGACCUCAGACCCCCCUACUCUGCCGGCUUCUCUUCUUUACCAUCCCCACCACUUCACCUGGCCCUCAUACUACAUUACCUACCCAAAAAGUCUAGUUUCAACCCAUAGUACAUUUUAGAAGCCAGUAAAAACCUGGAAGGAUCAUGCUCUUGGCUGGAGUUAGUGUCUGGGGCCAGGGUGGCUGCGUUCAUCCGGCUUCCUAAGCUGUAGUCGCUGGGAACUCGCGUCCUGCAGGCCAAGGCAGCUGGCUCUUUUUGCUUCACAAGUCAGCCAUUAGAACUCCCUUUGCUAAUAACCACUUUUAUUGGCAAGACAGAUGUCUUGUAACAAAGGCAGGGAGCAGAUGAUUGCUAGUGGUUCUGCUGGCUGUGAGGGCUCCCUGUCUAGGAGAUCUUGUUUAGGCUUUCUACAUCUGUGACCUGUCAGCUUACCCCUAACUCACUCAUCUUGCUGUGGAGCAUAAAACCUAUUGCAAUAAGCCAUCAUGGAGGGAUCCCAUGCCUUGGUUUUGGUUUCUACGAUAGUUACGUGUGUAAUUAUCCUACCGCCCCAACCACUAUUGCUCAUUCUGUCUAGACUUCUGCAAUGCCUCAGCUCGUGUGGCUCUAUUCCUGUCAUGCCUUUGGACUUCACUGCCCAGUACCUGAGGUCACUCUCCCCUCCCCUCCACCCAUUCUGAGCUUCAAGGUAGCCCCAAGCCCUGCCCACAGAAGGUGGACUGGUCAUUCCAUGGCCAUGCUCAUGGGAAUUGUCGGUCUGUGGCAUCUGCUAAGGAGGUUUAUUCUCAGUUGCAUGGAAGCUGUCAAAAUUGUGGCAAUAUUGUUCACUGUGCCAUGAUCUAUGCUACUUUCUCAAGCAGUGGAAAGAAAGGCCACUGUGCCCUGAGGUGAUGGAAGAAGCAGUUUGAGAAAGGAAGUGGCCAAUCACUGGUACGCUGGCCUUAGUAAAACUGAGGAGACAGCAACCAUGUUCCUCUCAUUAUCUGUUUUACUGACUUGUACUAGGGUUCUCAGGUUAAAGAAUGAGCACACACAAUCUGACCUUCAGCCCUUUCUCAGACCCUCUUCCAUCUUCCAUCCAUAUUAGCUGUGGGAAGUGUCAGACCCAGCCUGGGGCAAAACUGUGCUCCUCGUCAGCACCGCUGCCUUGCCUGUGGCUUCUGUUUCCUGGAUACUCUCCUUUGCCAACAAUCUCAAUUUCUAUUCUUCACUGAGCACUAGAAAUUAAAACCACCAAAUAACAUGAUAUAUGCCCUUAUGUACGGCCAUCUUCAGUUCAGUAGCAGUAUUUUCUGGUCAUUAAUAUUCUGUAUUUUAUUAUGAUAAGACUAUUAUAAGAAAAUGGUGCUAAAGAUAAUGACAUCUUCUACCCACUGGACUGGCAAACAGCUGGGGUGGCCAUCAGGCCCCCUCUUGUUCCAAAGCCUUUGGCAGCAUCUGAAUGACAUGAGUCUGGAUACUCCUUCCAAGCCCUGUAGCUAUAGUGCUCUGUCACUGAAGGUUACAACAUCAUAACACCUAUUUGAUCUUUCCUUAUUCUCUGAAGAGCUGUCCUCAAUUCUAACUUUGACUGUGGGCUAUAUUUGAAACAUUAACAUGCUAAUAGAUUUAAGAAGACUUUCAGAACGUAAUUUUUAAAAUGACUGGAGAUUUUGUCUGAUAAAACAAAUAGAAUGAAAUAUGUCUCAGAAUAUCUCUCAUUGGAUUUUCAUAUUUUAUAAAAACAGUAAAGACUGAUAGCCUAUCUUUAGGAAGAUUGAUGUUAGUCCUUUCCAAAUCUGUUUAAUCUUAAAGAAGCUUUUGUUUAUUGACUCGUGAGCUCAUUCCUUUGUUACCACAUGAUUGUUCCAGACUUGAGGGACAAAAUAAACUUAACCUUUCUAAAA